AUGGCGCUAGAUGAAAACACCCUUGUGCUGGCCUCGGGUGGUGUCGACGCCGACACUCUCCGACCCCCGGGGCGAGUCCGCAGCCUCUUGUUACUUCUCGAGCGUGGAAACGGGCAUCACGAGGCCCCGACCGAGCAGCACGAGGCCCCGACCGAGCAGCACGAGGCCCCGACCGAGCAGCACGAGGCCCCGACCGAGCAGCACGAGGCCGCGACCGAGCAGCACGAGGCCGCGACCGAGCAGCACGAGGCCCCGACUAAGCCGGCAAAGCGCGCCCCGUUGCGUGUGGUUUUCUAA